AUGCAACCAAGGAACAAUGUGACUUACUUUGUCCUCCUGGGACUCACACAGAAUGCAAAGGAACAGAAGGUCCUUUUUGUUAUGUUCUUGCUCUUCUACAUUUUGACCAUGGUGGGCAACCUGCUCAUUGUUGUGACUGUAACUUUCAGUAAGACCCUGGACUCUCCUAUGUACUUCUUCCUUGGAAGAUUAUCAUUCAUGGAUGUCAUUUACUCGUCAGUCAUCUCCCCCAAAUUGAUUUCAGGCUUGUACUUUGGGAAAAUGACCAUAUCCUUCAAAUCUUGUAUGAUCCAGCUGUUUGGGGAACACUUCUUUGGCGGAUCAGAAGCCUUUCUUCUAUUGGCAAUGGCCUAUGACCGCUACGUGGCCAUCUGUAAACCCUUGCAUUAUUUGGUUAUUAUGCGGCAAUGGGUGUGUGUUGUGCUGUUGAUAGUGUCCUGGGUUGCAGGUUUUCUGCACUCGCUCAUUCAACUUAGCUGUCUUUAUGGGCUCCCAUUCUGUGGUCCCAAUGUCACUGACCACUUUUUAUGUGACAUGUACCCCCUACUGAAACUCGUCUGUACUGACACUUAUGUCAUUGGUUUCUUAGUCGCAGCCAAUGGAGGAGUAAUCUGCAUUAUUGUAUUUCUGCUCUUACUAAUUUCUUAUGGUGUUAUUUUGCACUCCCUAAAGAACCUUAGUCAGGAAGGGAGGCGAAAAGCCCUCUCCACUUGUGGUUCCCACAUCACUGUGGUGGUCUGCUUCUUUGUUCCCUGUAUUUUCAUGUAUGCAAGACCUGCGAAGACUUUCCCCAUUGACAAAUCAUUGAGUGUGUUUUAUACAGUCAUAACCCCUAUGUUGAACCCCUUAGUCUACGUUGAGAAAUUCAGAGAUGACAAAUGCUAUGAAGAAACUCUGGGGUAA